AUGGCAAAUGCUGCAGGAGCCAUGGUAACACGAAUGACAAUGUCUCAAGGAGCUUUCGUAUACCCAAAGGAUGCCAGAGCCAGAAUUACACUUUCUUUCCCAUCUCGACAAAUGAGUGGCGGUGGCCCCAGAUCUACCCCACGCAACAUCCAAGCCAUCAACUGGGACAAUUUCGACCGUGGUGCCUGGCCAGACAAUACCGAAGACAUGCCUACUUACGAGGCUCUAAUGCCUACAAAGAGGCGGAAGGAGGCCUCAUUGCACAAGGCACAACAGGACUUAGCUCGGAACCCAGGUCAUCAACUUGGCACUUUUUGGGUGACUUAUCAUCGUAUACAACUCGAUGCGCAUCGCGAUGAUGAGAAAUUACAUGCAAUCGUGGCAGAAACUGAUGCGCUAGCCUGCGUCCUGAGUACCGCCCCAUUAGCCAUGCGCCAAAGAUUUGCAAAAUACAUAGCCGCUUCCAAGCACUUCCACGGCUUUAUCCUGGCCAGGGGGAAAACAUUGCGCCAGUGCCGCUUGACCCUGGGACUAUUCAAACAUUUGCCCUUUUAUGCUGAAACUCAUGCUAGAGCUCAGCGUGACUCACGAUACGUCGCUCCUCAGAAAAAUUCUGCGAAGGGAAUUGCACAAGAGGCAGAGCCUUCUGUCAAACAUGCAGAUCGUCAUAACGCGUACCCCGAGCUGUGGGCUAUCGAGCCCUUAUCGUCUACCAUCAAAAUCAUCAUUACUGACAUAAAAAGACAACUCCUUUGGUGUGGCUGGCUGAAGAAAUACAACGGACACAUGACCUCUGAAAAGAAGUUGGACGAGUUGAACAGCCACGCAAGAUCUGUUUUGCACGUCUAUAGAGGCCUGUUGCAACUGCAACGCGAGCUCAAGGUCCUGCAGUAUUACAGCAUGCAGCAAUAUCCGGGACGCAUGCUGGGUCGGCGGGUCGAUAUGGGGAAGAACAUGUGGAAUGAUUUGGCGGCCGAAACGAAACGAAGACAAUCUUUGGGGCCUGGUCCCAACUAA